AUGACACCUCUGUGCAAACAAGCAGGCAUAAAAGAAGACGUGAAUAUCAUCAUUUCAUUUUAUGAAGAUAUUAUAAAUGAAAUGAAAUGUUCAUAUAAUAAUUUGUAUGACACAGUAAUUAUAUUAAAAACUAAAAUAGACGAUAUAGAAAAUUCUGUAGAGGAGGAUAUCAAAAAUAGAAAAAAUGGCUACUUGCAUUUAAAAAAAGAAAAUAAUAAAUCAAGUAGAAAUGGGGAGAAGGAAUAUAACUUUUAUAACACAGAUAUAUUAAACAAUAUCUUAUGCAACAAAUUAGAUAAUUAUGUACUUAACAAAAGGGGUGCAAUUAAGUUACUAUACCAUGAGGGUGAAGGGCUGUUUAAUUUGCCUACUCGGAUCUCAAGAAAUAAAUAUGAACAGAAUAGUGAAAAAGCUCAUUCAUUUGAUGAUAUAAAAACAUCAAAAGAAACAAUUAUCAGGAAGAAAGACGAAAUGAGAAGUCGGGAAUACUAUAUGAAUGGUAUGUUAAGAAUCAAAGAAAGUUUAGAAGGGGAAAAAACAACAAGCGAUGACGAAAUUGAAGAAGAGGAUAAUAAAAAUUCACUUACACAAAAGAAAAAAAAUUCAAAAACUUGCGAAGGUGUAAAAUCAGUAAUUUUUGCUCGUUCAGGAGUAUCAAAAAAUUCGAUUGAUGGAAAAAAUUUAGAUGGAUGUAGAAAUCCUGAAAUGGUCAGAAAUUUUGAUACCUCCAUUAAAUAUGAUAAGUUUAAUAAUCAUAUCGCAGAAAAUAAUCCCCUAAGUGACCAAAAAAUAACUUCAGGGGAAAGAACCGUACUAAUGAGAAGGGGAAAAGAAAAGACAGAAUAUAUGGAGUCUUAUCUUAAACAGAGUUACGAUAAAAGUUGUUCAGGUGAAAAAAGUAGUGAUAAAGAAAGGAAUAAAACAGAUUUAGUGAUUACGAAAUAUUGUAGUAAAGACAGUAAAGCUGACUCUUCUUCAGAAAAUUUCGCGGACUUGAACUUUUCUGAUUAUUCAAUGGAUUCAAAUAAAAUUAGGGUAAUUAAAUUAUCGCAUGAAAAUAAAAUUUUAUCAGAUAUAUUAAUGCAAAAAAAAAAAGAUUAUGAAAAUGUUGUAGUGAAUAAUAGAAAGAAUGAUGAUUUGCGGCAAAUUACGAAUGAUGCCCUCUUUUUCAAUAAAAAAUGUUACUCCCAAGAUGAAGUGCGCAGCGUACUUGACAAAGAGAGUAACCUACAUGAUGAAUGGAAUAACCUAAAUAAUGAAGAGAAAGAACUGCAUGAUGAAGGGAGUAAUCUACAUGAUGAACAGAGAGAACUACAUGAUUUGGAGAGAAUAUUACACAACGAAGAGAGCGACCUACAUAAUGAAAAAUAUAGCGCUCAAGAUGAACAAGCACAUUUCAUAUGCAAUUCAUUUAUUCCAAGGAAUAUGGUAAAUGGACAUUUUAUGAAUAGCGUAAAUAAAAACACUAAUAUAUAUAGCGAGCAAGUAAAUGAUUCCAACACUGGUUGUUAUUAUGAGAAAAUAAAAAAUUCGUCCAAAAUAGAGGAAAAAAAAGGAAGAAGAAAAAACAAAGACAUUCGACAUUCUGUUAUUUACAAUAAUGAUAGAAACAGGAGAACUUAUUUCAGUGAGGAUAACUUUAAGGAGGAGAAUAAAUGUUUAUAUGACAUGGAUGAAUCUUUUAAAAACUAUAUAAGGAAAUAUGAACAGACUAUAAAUAAUAGACGUAUAGGCAAUCCUUUUAUGAACAUUAAUAUAAAAAAUAAUUAUAGUAACAUAAAAGAUGAUUAUAAUUACAUAAAAGAUGAUUAUAAUAACAUAAAAGAUGAUUAUAAUAACAUAAAAGAUGAUUAUAAUUAUAACUAUAAUGACCAAGUAGAAAGUACGUAUCAUAUGUGUAGUGAACCGGACCAUUAUUUGGAAAAUUUCAAACGUAGUCAAGUUAAUAAUGCAUACAAAAGGGAUAACAGAGUUCUUUCUGAAAUGUACUUAAAAAAUAAUAGGAGAGACAAAUAUAGUGCUUUAAUUGGCUUAAGCAAAAGAAACGAUUUCUUAAACAACGAAUUGUUGUUAAGAAAACAGAGGAAUACUGAUGAGGUGUCUCCUUUUAUUUAUGCAUCAAAAGAUAAUUAUGAAAAGUUUAAUUUUAACGAUAUGCAGCAUAAUAAAUCUAAAUAUUUAAUGUGGGGAACAAAUUUAAGCAGACAAAUGGAUCCUUACAGUAAUUACAAAAACGCCUUGGUUGAUUACGAAAAUGGGUGCGCCGAUGACGAAACGAAUAUACAAGAGAGUAUUUCAUUACUUGGGGAAAAAUUAUGGGGCGUUAAUGAUAGCAGCGAAACUAUAAACAAUAACGAUAAUGGAAAUAAUGGUAAUAAUGAUAAUGAUAAUGAUGAUGAUAAUAAUAAUAAUAAUAAUAAUAAUAAUAAUAAUAAUAAUAAUAAUAAUAAUAAUAAUAAUAAUAAUAAUAAUAAUAAUAAUAAUAAUAAUAAUAAUAAUAAUAAUAAUAAUAAUAAUAAUAACAAUUACAAUUACAAUAAUAACAGUAAUAAAAGUAAUAACAAUAAUAACAGUAAUAUUGGUAAUAAUAGCCUAAUCAGAUGCAACGAAUUGAUGCCUAACAGUGGUAAUGUUGAGGACUACAGUACUUACACCUUAAAAAAAAGAUGUAGUAACGAUAGAAUGUCAGGGGGGUACUACUAUAUAGAUUUGAAAAAAUGCAACAAAAUUUCUGAUAAAAAUUUAUUAAACUUGAAAAAUAACUAUCACAAGAAAAAAAGAAAUAUGUUAAAUUCUUUUUCGUCCAAUGUACAUUCGAUUUAUGCACCUCCUCCUUCCGCAUUCAUUUCAGAAAUAACUUCUAACUGUGUAAAAAGGAAAAAGGAAAAAAUGAACUCUGAAUUCGCUACUUACAAUAAGUAUCAUUAUGAUAACUUAUACAAAAUUGUAAAUUAUAAAAAUAUAUUGAAUAACUCAUUGCCUGCUAACUACAUUGACAUAGACAUAAAUCCUUCCUUGCUUCCAUACACUGGGCUUGAUUACCCUUUAAAUCGUAUAGGCUAUAUGCACAAUAAGAGGCAUCAAAGGAGAAAGCAAAGGAGAAAGCAAAGGAGGGAAAAAAAAAGAGAGAAAAGAAGAGAAGAAAAAAGGGAAGCAAAAAGGGAGGAAGACAAAGAAAUGAAAAGAAAAGGGGGAAAAAAGGCAAAAAGAACAAGAGACAAACAAAAGGUGAGAGACGUGCAAAAGACAGAUCAAGUAUUAACGAAUACAAAAAGCGGAGACACCCAUUUUAAUUCUAAUAGUUUGAAAAACUGGUAUAAUGAGAAUAAUUUAGAUAAUUCUUCCAACGUUGAGAGUAACAUGUGUAGUAUUACUUCGGUUUGUGAAAAUACAAAUCAUGUUAAUGCUGUUCUUCAAGAGGUUUCAUAUAAUCCUCUUUUUUCGAGAAAGGACAUAGACAACAUAUCUUCUAAGGGAAGUAGUGCUAAACCACCAUCAUCAGCUACAGAUAAGCAAAAAAUCAAAAAUAAAAAUGAGAAAAAACGAAACAGGCUUAGCAACAGCGUUGCAGUGGGAAAAAUGAAAACACAAAAGAAACUAAGCCAGAAAAAAGGAGUUGAAGAAAUAAAAAAAAAAAAGAAAAAAAAAAGGACACUAAACAAACAAAAAUACUACGAAAGCAAUGCUACUACUUUAUUUUUAGAAAAUGUACAUAAUUCACAUAUACCCAUAUAUAAUAAUGACAUAUCUCCUUCCAUGAAUGAUAGAAAAUAUGAUGAAUUUAAUUUAGCAAAUACGCAUAUCAAAAGAUAUGAAUUAAGAACAAAAAGAAAAAUUAAAUAUGUAUUACCUGCUAUAAAUAAAAAGUUAAGACGAGAUAGCUCAAGACAAAUAUUUGAUCCUUUUUUGUAUAAUAAAACAUGGAAGAUAAAAAAAAUAUAA